AUGGCUUGGGCAAGCACUGGCACCCCUGCAUCCAUGGCGAAGGGAUUGAGGGAGUUUUUCGAAACUGGCGAAUACUCCGACCUUAUAGUCAAAUGCAGUAACGGAGACGAACUUAAGGUCCACAAGCUCGUUCUCUUCUCACAGAGCCCCGUGUUGAGGAAUGCAUGCGACCCACAAAAGGGGUUCAAGGAAUCCAAGGAGGGCGUCAUUGAGCUUAAUCAUGACAGCCCAGAAAGCGUCAAGGCCAUGCUUGAGUUCCUUUCGCUCGGUAAGCCUCCAGGCAAGACAUAG